AUGCACGAGGUCACCGUUGAUGCCAGCGCCGACGCGGCGCUGGCCAGGAUGGGCUACAAGAGCGAGUUGCCUCGUAAUCUGAGCAUGAUGAGCAUUCUCGGACUUUCCUUCGCCAUCAUGGCCGCUCCCUUCGGUCUCAGCACCACCAUGUACAUUACCCUGACAGACGGCCAAUCCGUCACCAUCAUCUGGGGCUGGGUUCUGGUCACCUUGAUCUCGAUCGCGAUCGCCGCCUCGCUGGCCGAAAUCUGCGCCGUCUACCCGACCGCCGGCGGCGUGUACUACUGGAGCGCCAUGCUGUCGACCAAGGAAUGGGCCCCGAUGAUGUCCUUCAUUGACGGAUGGUUGACGCUCGUGGGGAACUGGACCGUCACGCUCAGUAUCACCUUCUCGACUGGACAGCUGAUCCUGAGCGCGAUUUCGCUGUGGAAUGAGGAUUUCGUCGCCAAUGCAUGGCAGACCAUCCUGAUGUUCUGGGCGGUGGUGCUUGUCUGUGCGGUCGUCAAUAUCUUCUUCUCAAAGUACUUGGACUUGAUCAACAAAGUGUGUAUCUUUUGGACGGCGGCUAGUGUGCUCAUCAUCUUGAUCGUCCUGUUGACUAUGGCGGAUAAUCGGAGGGAUGCGGCGUUUGUUUUUGGGCAUUACGAUGCGUCGGAUAGUGGUUGGCCUUCUGGAUGGGCUUUCUUCGUCGGGUUGCUGCAGGCAGCUUACACCUUGACGGGGUACGGCAUGGUCGCUGCCAUGUGUGAAGAAGUGCAGAAUCCUCAUCGCGAGGUCCCCAAGGCCAUCGUCCUGUCGGUUGUCGCCGCUGGUAUCACCGGUCUUAUCUACCUGAUCCCCAUCCUCUUCGUUCUGCCAACCGUGAAGGACCUCCUCAGCGUUGCUAGCGGCCAACCCAUCGGCCUCAUCUUCAAGACAGCGACUGGCUCGGCUGGUGGCGGAUUCGGAUUGCUGUUCCUCAUCCUCGGCAUCGCGAUGUUCGCCGGCAUCGGCUCCCUGACGGCUGCCAGUCGGUGCACCUACGCAUUCGCCCGUGACGGGGCCAUCCCCGGAUUCCGCAUCUGGCGCAAGGUCAACAAGCGCCUCGAUGUGCCCGUCUAUGCGAUCUUGCUCUCUGCAGCGGUCGACUGCCUUCUGGGCUUGAUCUACUUCGGCUCGACCGCGGCCUUCAACUCGUUCACCGGGGUCGCUACGAUCUGCCUGUCGACUUCGUACGGUCUCCCCAUCCUCAUUUCCAUGGUCCGUGGGCGCCGCGACCUCAAGAACUCUACCUUCUCGCUCGGAAAAUUCGGGUAUGCGAUUAACGCGGUCACCGUGUGCUGGAUCGUCCUCGCCGUAGCCCUUUUCUGCAUGCCCGUCUUUCUGCCGGUGACUGCCAGCUCGAUGAACUACGCCAGCGUUGUGUUCGCGGGGUUUGCGGCAAUCAGUAUCAUCUGGUACAUUGUCUAUGCGCGCAAGCAUUUUACCGGACCGCCUGCGUCGGCCGAAGAACGCCGUCGAAGCGGAGGACCGUAUUCAAAGCUGGAGCAACCACCCUUGAUUCUCGCGCGAUAUCUCCAGGAGAAGUCACCGCCGGAAUUGGCCCAUCGCAAGUUCCCUGUUAGCUCUCAUGAAGGACCCGCUCGGUUCGAGGCUUCGGAUCUCACCAUGUCGGACUCUGUGGACCGAGUCUUCGUCCAUGCCCUCAAUACCGUCAAACGCAUCCCGCGGACGGGCACCGCGAGACCGCCUGCCUCGGAGAGAUUGAAGCUUUACGGCUUGUACAAGCAGAGCAUGGAGGGCGAUGUGGAGGGCGUCAUGGACCGACCGGUUGGGAAUACCGCGGACGUCUACGCGGAGUGUGAGAAAUGGGACGCAUGGUACGCGCAGCGCGGGCUCUCCCGCACUGAGGCCAAACGGCGCUACAUCUCCACCCUCAUCGACACAAUGCACCGCUACGCUUCGCAGACCCCCGAGGCGCGCGAGCUCGUCGCGGAGCUCGAGUUCGUCUGGGACCAGAUCAAGUCUAAUACCUCGUCCUCUUCGUCGUCGAGUCCUGUGCAGAAUGUUGGCGUGCCGCGGCUACCCCAGCCGAACUAUGCGAGCAUCGGAGGGCGUUUGGCCCGUCCCAACUACGAGGAUAGGAUUGCUAUGGCGCGGGAUGAUCACAGUCAUGGGCGUAAUCAUGGAGAUUCCAGGUUACGCGUCCUCAGUCCGGUGAGUCAGCCUGAUGGGCUGUAUCAGCGGCGCGGGAAUAUGGACGUUGCGGAUGAGGAGGAGGCACAAGUAUUAGAAGAUGAGGAUGAAGAGGACGAGGAGGAGGAAGAGUACGAAGAGGCUCAAGAUACCCUUUAUGAGGAUGAUGACGACAACGACAACAACCAAAGCCAGCAGAACAGCCAGAGGUUCGACGAUGAUCACGACGAAGCGCAGUCACGAGGGCGAACGAGAGGACUACAACCAGCACCAGCAGCAGGAGACAAGAAACACCGCGUUGUAAGCUCCGGCGAGCGCGACCGCCGAUGGCGACGGAGGGUCGAGCAGGCCUUGACCAAGAUGACUGCCGAGAUCGCCGCUGUCCGCGAGCAGAUGGAGGCGCGGGCCCUGGCAAACCGUCGCCGGUCUGCGCUCUGGACCUGGCUGAAGUGGAUUGUCUGGGUGACCUUCCGGCAAAUCAUCUUCGACCUUGCGAUCUUGGGUAUGGUCCUGAUCUGGAUGAGGAUCAAGGGCGACCGACGACUUGAGGAGAAGCUCAAGGUCGGGUGGUCUGAGGUGAAGACUCGGCUGGCCAAACUCAAGUCCCUGAGACGAUUUCCCCGACUAGAUAUCUUCUGA